UCUGAUCAAGGAGGAGCUCCAGAUAAAAGCCCUGUCGCUGGCAGGCUCAGCCUCACACAGCUGCUCUGCUCCUGUCCAGGCAUGUGGCCGAGCCCUCUGCUCCCUGCCCUCGUGGGAGUGCUUUGUGAAGCAGCCCUUCCUGGGCCAACAGGCUGGCGGUUGCCAGGCAAGAGCCCCCGCUUUGACCGUCCUGGAGACGUGGUAGUUGGGGGGAGCUUCUCCAUCUUUUCCUUCAACAAUGUCACCCUGUUUGAUUUCACUGCCCCGCCAGCAGGGUUGCCAUCUUCAGAGGUUUCCAGGUGGGGCUACCGUGUGGCCCAGGGUUUUGUCUUUGCCAUUGAGGAGAUCAACAGGGACACCCACCUGCUGCCCAACCUCACAUUGGGCUUCUCCAUCCGCAACUCUGGGGAUUCGGUGCAUGGAGGCAUGUAUGAGAUGCUGGGCUUCCUCUCUGGACAGGAGGUGCCGAUCCCCAACUAUGUGUGUGGGUCCAGCCCUCCCAGGGUUGCCCUGAUUGGAGAUACACGCUCAGCGUUAUCAGUCUCCAUGGCCAGGCUGCUGGGGCUCUACAAGUUUCCCCAGGUCAGUUACUCGUCCACACUGCCCAGCCUCAGCGACAAGACCCAGUUCCCGUCCUUCCUGCGGACCCUGGCCAGUGACAUCGCGUCUUCCCACGCCAUAAGCCAGCUGGUACUUCACUUUCGGUGGUCCUGGGUGGGCAUCCUGGCACAGGACGAUGACUUUGGGCAGCAGGCCGGCUCUUUGGUCUCCCAGGAGCUGGGCCAGGCUGGUGUCUGCAUUGAGUUCUACCUCCACGUACCCUCCCAGCAGUCGCUGGAGAAGGCAGAUGCCAUUGUGCGGAAGAUGGCCAGUAGCACGGCCACUGUCAUCCUGGUCUUCCUGAGCAACUCCAAGUUCCAGCUGCUGCUGCAGGGCUUGCAGCGUGUCGGCAUCUCGGGCCAGGUGUGGGUCAGCAAGGGCACACUGCAUCUGGGCCUGGCGCUGGCUAUGCCGGGGGCCUCCCACGUAUUGCACAGCUCCUUUGGCCUCCUGCAGCGGGUCAGCUGUGCAUCCGGCUUCCCCGAGUUCUUUGCUCGCUUGAACCCCCGCCGGACCCCAGAGGAUGGGUUCUUGGAGAGGUUCUGGGAGGUCACUUUUGGAUGCAAGUGGCCGCCUCGGAGCUGGGGACAGGUGGGGAAGAGUGCUGUGUUGGGAGGUGCUCGGUUCUGCUCUGGGAAUGAGAGCCUGCGAGAGAAGGCGUACCCCUUCCAGGAAGUGAGCAAAGUGGAUGCAGCAUACAGUGCGGUCUACAGCAUUGCCCAUGCGCUGCAGGCCCUGAGGGACUGUGCGCACACGGAGGGGGCGUGUGCUGACCCUCUGCACCUCCAGCCCUGGCAGCUUCUUCACCCCCUCAGAAAGGUGCAUUUCUGGACCCCAGAUGGGGAAGAGAUCAAGUUUGAUGCCAACGGAGAUUUACUUACCAAAUUUGACAUCCACUAUGGGCAGAAGACUGCUAACGGCCUCUUCCACUUUGUCCACAUAGGCGUGAUGGACCCAAGAGCCCCUCCGGGGAAUAGGGUGACGGUCCACCUGAGGAAGGAGAAUCUGCAAGUAAGCAAUCCAUGUGCCUCCCUGACCAUGCCCCUGCUUCUCCAUCCUCAGGUCCCCAGCUCUGUCUGCAGCAGCAGUUGUGCUCCAGGGUUCAGCCAGGUCCCCCAGCAGGGAGCUCCCCAGUGCUGUUUUGACUGCAGCCCUUGCCCUGAGGGACAGUUCGCAGACCAAAGAGACAUGAAGAGCUGCCUUCCGUGUCCCAAGGAGCAGUAUUCGAGCCACACCAGAGACCGCUGCCUGCCCAAGACAGAGACCUUCCUGGCCUUUGGUGAGCCCCUGGGACUCACACUGGCCUCUGUGGCACUCAUGCUGGCUGGCUUGGCUGUGCUGGUCCUUGGGGUAUUCCUGAAGCAUUGGGACACUCCUGUGGUCAGAGCCAACAACAGGGCCCUCAGCUGCACACUCCUCACCUCUCUGGCGCUCUGUGCCCUCUGUCCACUGCUCUUCCUUGGCCGUCCGACCACUGCCACCUGCCUCCUCCGCCAGAGCACCUUUGCUGUUGUGUUCACGGUGGCUGUCUCCUCCAUCCUGGCCAAGACCCUCACUGUGGUCCUGGCAUUCAGGGUCACCCGGCCAGGAGGCCAGGCCCAGGUAUGCCUGGGACCAAGUUCCUCCUCCUCCGUGGUCCUCCUGGCCUCCUUGAUGCAGGUUGUUCUCUGUGGUGCCUGGCUGGGCACCUCCCCACCAUUCCCAGACCAAGACAUGGCCUCUGAGCUCAGCCAGGUUGUCCUCUAUUGCCAGGAGGGUUCUGGGCUCGCCUUCUCCUGCAUCCUGGCCUAUCUGGGUGUCCUGGCAGCGGGCACCUUCUGUGUGGCAUUUCUGGGCAGGGACUUGCCCGAUGCCUUUAAUGAGACAAGGUUCCUCACCUUCAGCAUGCUACUGUUCUGCAGCAUCUGGACAGCCUUCCUGCCCCUGUACCAUAGCGCCCGGGGCAAGCAUACUGUGGCCGUGGAGGUCUUCUCCAUCUUGGCCUCUACUGCAGGGCUGCUGGGUGGCAUCUUCCUCCCCAAGUGUUACAUCAUCUUGCUGAGGCCCGAGAGGAACACUUUGGCUUGGGUGAAGCAUGGGCGUCAGGCUCAGCAGGAAUGA